CCGCAGGUCAUUCCCGGCCGCCUACUCUGACGAAGGCUGAGAGUAGACAGCACAACAGACGGCGGCUGCUCCGACACUGUAGUGACGGCGGCAGCAGCAAUGGCCGGGGCGGGGCCGGCCCCGGGACUCCCGGGUGCAGGAGGACCCGUCGUCCCGGGCCCUGGUGCCGGCCUCCCGGGCAAGAGCGGCGAGGAGCGCCUGAAGGAGAUGGAGGCGGAGAUGGCCCUGUUUGAGCAGGAGGUCCUGGGGGCUCCGGUGCCCGGAAUCCCUGCAGCCGUGCCCACAGUGCCGACGGUCCCCACGGUGGACCCCAUGCAGGUCCCUGCGGCCCCCGUGAUCCGCCCGAUCAUCGCGACCAACACGUACCAACAGGUCCAACAGACGCUGGAGGCCCGGGCCGCUGCUGCAGCCACAGUAGUGCCUCCCAUGGUGGGUGGUCCUUUCGUGGGCCCAGUUGGCUUUGGCCCUGGUGACCGGCUGGACAGCGCAGAGGCCCGGGAGGCCAUGUUCCUGCGGCGUGCAGCUGUGGUCCCUCAGAGGGCCCCUAUCCUGUGUCCAGCCUUCAUCCCCCACGUGCUACAGAGAGCAGAGUCUGUCUCUCCUGCAGCAGGUGGGCCCCGCCCUAUGGCCCUGCGGCCUCCACACCAGGCCCUCGUGGGGCCCCCUCUGCCUGGGCCUCCUGGACCUCCCAUGAUGCUGCCCCCCAUGGCGCGAGCCCCAGGGCCCCCGCUGAGCUCCAUGGCUGCUCUGAGGCCUCCUCUGGAAGAGCCAGCAGCUCCCCGAGAGCUGGGCCUGGGUCUGGGCCUGGGCCUGAAAGAGAAGGAGGAAGCAGUGGUGGCGGCAGCUGGACUGGAGGAGGCCAGUGCAGCAGUGGCUGUGGGGGCAGGAGGUGCCCCAGCAGGCCCUGCAGUCAUCGGACCCAGUCUCCCGCUGGCCCUGGCCAUGCCACUGCCAGAGCCAGAGCCGUUGCCCCUCCCUCUGGAGGUAGUGCGUGGCCUGCUGCCUCCUCUGCGCAUUCCAGAACUGCUGUCCCUGCGUCCAAGACCACGGCCCCCUCGGCCUGAGCCGCCUCCUGGCCUCAUGGCUCUUGAGGUCCCAGAGCCCUUGGGGGACGACAAGAAGAAAGGGAAGCCAGAAAAAUUGAAGCGCUGCAUUCGCACCGCAGCUGGGAGCAGCUGGGAGGACCCCAGCCUGCUGGAGUGGGAUGCGGAUGACUUCCGGAUCUUCUGUGGGGAUCUGGGCAAUGAGGUCAAUGAUGACAUCUUGGCACGCGCCUUCAGCCGCUUCCCAUCCUUCCUUAAGGCCAAGGUGAUCCGUGACAAGCGCACAGGCAAGACCAAGGGCUAUGGCUUUGUCAGCUUCAAGGACCCCAGUGACUAUGUGCGUGCCAUGCGCGAAAUGAAUGGAAAGUAUGUGGGCUCACGCCCCAUCAAGCUUCGCAAGAGCAUGUGGAAGGACCGGAACCUGGACGUGGUCCGCAAGAAGCAGAAGGAGAAGAAGAAGCUGGGCCUGAGAUAGGGCCUGUGGCUGGGCACCUGCUCCCACCCAGCUGGGCCCUGGCUUCUCCCCGCAGUUCUCUUUGGAAAACCCCCAGCUAUCCGCUCGCCUACCCCAAAACAAGUUUCAAUAAAUUUAUGUUCCUUUCCA